AUUACUAAUAAAUUUUCAUCAUUUCUUCCAUUCCGACACGCUUUGCCGACAUUCAAUAUUGUCAUCCUUUUUUGACAUUCAACAUUGUUGUUUGUUUUUGUUUUUUUAAAUAGAAACAAAAGCAUUACAAUGUUGUUGCAGUGAUUAUUAUUGUAAACGAUGGUCAGUUUUAAUAUGGAACAUUCUGAUUCAGAGAUUCCUUUUCCUCUUUCUGCCAUUACCGAAGCCUUUGAGAAUCUCUCUGAAAAGGUUAAGGGAAUCAAAAACGGUUCUACCGGACAUCUUCGUUUGGACAAUUUCUGUGAAAUUGCUUCUCUUGUUUCUGUUCUUUUUCGUUGUCUUGGUCUUGCUUUCAAAUUUGCUGAAAUGGAAUACGUUGCUAAGCUGCAUGCACUGGUGGAUGCAUCAAAGACAUUUCAGACUUUACAAGAUAUAAUUGACCAUGAUGUGGCCAAUUACACAGUGAAAACAUCAGGGAGCAAUUCACGUAAUCUACGCAGAGUUCGGCAGGGUCUUGAUCUCGUUAGAGCUAUAUUCGAACAACUUUUGUCAACUAGUGAUAGUUAUCUAAAGGAAGUGGCUUCAACAGCUUAUGCAGAGGUCUGUGCACCGUAUCACACAUGGGCGGUCAGGACGGCUGUUUAUGCUGGAAUGUAUACACUUCCGACAAGAGAACAACUUUUUUUAAAGCUCAAUGAAACAGAGCAAUCAGCAGAGAAGAAGAUGAGAAGAUACAUUUCUGCUUCACUUCCGAUCAUAGAAUACAUCGAUAAAUUGUACCUUUCUCGAAAUAUUGUAUUGGACUGGUGAGUUCACAUAUCGACAGUGAUGUGCUCCAUUACCAGUACGAUGCUUCAUUUUUUGUUAUACUCCGAUCUUUAAUGUCUGUUUCUCUGGGGCUAGUUGGAGAUUUAGGAUGUUACAAAAAGAAUAAACUAGGAUUAUACUAAAAUUGUUACUUUGAUGUAUUGUUUUCUGUAUAUACAUAUACAUAAUUUAUUUGGAGACAAAAGCAAAAGAUAGGUUA